AUGACAACUCCCAUCGAGAAAUUGAGAGCAAGAUGUUUGGAGAGAGGGGCAAGUGGGAUAAGAAUGAUUGGCAGGGUUUUCAAGACUUUUGAUGACAAUGGAAACAAGAAGUUAGAUAAGGAAGAGUUAGCCAGUGGGUUACAAGAAUUUGGAAUGAGCAUGUCCAAGUCAGAAGUGGAUCAACUGUUCAAUUAUUUAGAUAAGGACAACAGUGGUUCUAUAAACUUUGAUGAGUUUCUCAUUGCUUUAAGGCCACCAAUGUCUGCAUCUCGUGUUGAUCUGAUAAACAAAGCUUUCAACAAGAUGGACAAAUCAGGUGAUGGACAAUUGACAGUUGAUGAUUUGAAAAAGAACUAUGACGUCACUCAACAUCCAAAGUUCAAAACGGGUGAGAUGACUAAAGAUCAGAUAUUGAAGGAGUUUUUAGACAAUUUUCAGGCUGGGUCAAAAAUGGAUGAUAUAGUGACCAGAGAUGAGUUCACAAAUUAUUACGCUGGUGUCAGUGCAUCUAUCGAUGAGGAUGUGUACUUUGACUACAUGAUGAGGCAGGCCUGGAAGUUGUAA